AUGAAUAUCUUUUUUCUCCUAAUGAGCGGCAUUCUUUUCGCCUUAGCAUUUGUCUUCUGGAAAAAACAGUCGCAGAGAAACAUGGGUAAAAUGUCAUCAAAAUCGACUUCCCUUGCACUAGUAAGACCAUCCUCUUCUGGGUCAACUAAGAGCAACGCUGAUAAGACUCUUUCAGUCAACAGCCUCUCUCGGGAUAUCUUACAUAACGUCCCACACUCAAUAGCUAUGCAGAAGCGAAUACUGGUAAACCUCAGGAUUGUGGAAUACAAGCUGGCUGAAUUGGAACAUUUCCUAGUUACCAGGGGUUUAAAUGGUGCAGUACUUAAUAGGAAAUCCACUGAAACUCUUACAUAA